AUGGCUUGGUCUGCACUCUGCAGCCAGCACGCUCAACAGACGCUCGCGCCGGCGGCCUCCACCGCGUUCGGCCUCCCUCGCUCCUCUCCGGGCUGCGGCUCCCCCGGCCGCCCCGUACGCUGCUCCACCAAUCGCUGCUCCACGACCAGGGCCGUGGCUACUUCAACGGUCAACGCCAUGGCCCCAAGCGCCCUCCUGCGCUGCUCGGCCUCUAUCUCUCGCCACCACCAGCCCGCCACGCCCGAGCGCUUCCACCGGCGGCUCCCCGCGCAUCGCCCGCGCGUGCGUCUCCCAGUCGCAGCGCUCCCUCUGCUGCGCGUGCGCGCGUCCCCUGCGGCUGCCGCGACGCCCUCCGCGGCCGGCUUCUCCUCCGAGCCUCCGCUCUCCUCCGACUCGGCCGCGACCCGGCCACGCCAGCGUCCACCGACCCGGCCACGCCGUCUCGCGCCCGCAUCCCGGCCGUGUGCACCUCUGCCGCCUGCGCCACAUCCUCACCCGCCCUCCGCGAUACCCGGCGUCCGCCUCCUACGAGAGCACCGGCCCGGGCCGACUCUGAGUCGCCCCUGGCCGGCUCCGUCUCGCCGGCUCCAUCGCGCCUCGCGCCGGCCCCGCCAGCAGCGCCGGGUCCGGCCUCCCGCGCCUCCGUGCCGGCUCCGUGCCCGCGCCCUCGCUGGCUCCUGGGUGGGCCGCCUCGUCCCGCCCCGCGACCGGCUUCCCCCGCCUCCGCGCGCCCGGCCUGGACCGGCUCCGGGUCACCCGUGCCUCCCGCCGGCUCGUGCCGCCGUCGCCGCCGAGUUACCACCCGACCGUCUCCGUGCACCAACCCCGGGCCAGCUCCGGGUCGCCGACCGUCCGCCCAGCCGGCUCCGACCCCGCCUUGCGCCGGGUCGCGCCGGACCUCCGCUAACCGAGGCCAGCUCCGGCCUCUCCUCGGCGCUCCCCCGCGCGCCCUCGCCGGUUUCCUCGCAGCCUGGCCUGCCCGGCUACGCCCGCGACGGCUCCCCCCUCGACCCGGCCCGCCGGCUCUGCCUGCGCCGGCUUCUGCCGCAUCCGCGCCCGCCGGCUCCACGCGACCCGGCCGCGCGCCCGUUCCGCGCGACUCGGCGCCGUCCGGCGUCCUCGGUGGCCUCCCGCGCUGGCUGGCUCACGCCCGCAGGGCCGGCUCGCCUCCCUGGACGGCCGGCUCCGUCCCCCGUCCGGCGACCCGGCCGCUUGCCGGCCCCGCCCGCAUCUCGGCUGGCCGGCUAGCCGCGCCCGUACGGGCUGCGCCCCGCAAGCUCCUCUACAGAAAGAAAGAAAUAAAGAGAAAAGCAGGAGGGUUGGACCCGGCCAAAGAAAAGUCAGAAGGCCGGCUCGCAAAAAAAAAACAAAAGAAAAGAAGGGGGAGCUGUGUCCGACUGCUCGAAGCCGGCUGCCAGAGAGGAGAAAAGUCAGUGGCCGGGUGCUGCAAAGAGAAAAGAAAAACGUCCGGCUGCUCAUAGCCGGGCAGAUAGAAAAAAGUCAGAGAGGCCGGGUGCCCAGCCGGCUGGUGAAAAAAAAAGAGAAAAAAGAUAGAGAGGCCGGCUGGGAGAAAAAGAAAAAGGGCAGACUGCCCGCUGUGGCCGGCUGCUCGUGCAAAGGAAAAGAGGUCCGACUGACCAAGUCAACAGCCGGCUGACGAGAAAAAAGAGAAGAAAAAAAUGCGUCCGACUGUUAGAUAUGCGUUCGACCGCUGGCUGCCUGGCCGACUGCUAUGUCGGGGUCCGCUUGCCCAGCCGGUUGAAGAAGACAAGGACAAAGACAAAGUAGUUGCCGGGAGAUCCGGUCCGACUGCUCAUCAGUCGGCCCGAAUCUCGGGGGCUACACCCAACGGGUGCGCUGACGCGCCCCCGCGAAGAAGAAGACAAAGUAGUCGCCGGGAGAUCCGGCCCGACUGCUCAGCAGCCGUCUCGAAUCUCGGGGGCUACACUCAGCGGGUGCGCUGGCGUGCCCCCGCAAAGAUUGCAGACAAGAGAAGAGUUUUGUCCGCUGCCAGCAGCCGGUAGAAGAGAAAAAGAAGAAGAGGGCGCUGCCAGACUCCUCGCCGCCUGGUCGGCUGCGCCAAGCCGGCUCGGCCGCGUUCCCCUCGCCGCCUGGCCGGUCGAGCCUGACCGGCCAGGAACCCCCUUCGAGCACCCGGGGGCUCGAAGGCUACACCCAGCGGGUGCGCCGGCGCGCUCCGCGAGCGCCGAGUCGCAUCGGCUGUCUUCGACGACCGUGACUACACAAAAAUCAAUGUGAGCUCCUCACCCGCAUAUUUUUUGCACCGCGAAAGCAUGGAUAACCUCGAGCGAUGCUCGGGGGCUAUCUCCGCAUUUUUAUUACGGUUGCAUCACUGUUCCCCCCGGCGCCAGCCAGAGUUGGGCCGGGGGCUGGCCGCUUGGCCUGAGACGUUAGUUUUCGCAGACGGCUUAGUAGCGUGCGCGGUACCAAAGGCCCACUCUCAGUCAUAGACCGCAGAGCGGCUGUCCGACUGGCAAGAGUGAACGCUGGAGGCCACCCACGCGAAAAACGUCCGGAAAGAAAGACGCUUCGCGCGACCCGACCGUUUCCUUUAUGAGUAUCUACUCGGUUAAAAUUCGCUCCCAGAGUCUGAGUAUUGUACACUCCGCUUUACAGCCCACUCUCAGCCACAGACCGCAGAGCGGCUGUCAGGCGAGCGAGAGCACAAGCCAAAAAACGGAGGGAACAUGAAAAAGAUUUAGGGGGCUCGGACGAAAUCGAGUCGGCACCCUCCGCAUAAAACUUGCAAUGCUAAAAGCAAACACAUGAUAUAUCUGCGUGGACUAACUCUGUCUUUUUCAUGAUCAUUUCCAUGAACACUCGCCAAAAAACCUCCGCCCAACUUUGCCAAGUUGCCCGGAGGCUUGGGGGCUACUGUCGGAGUAAUUGGACACGGAUACCCCAAAGACGGCGAGACGAUAAUUCAAGACAUCAGGACUAGCAAAACCCCUCAGUCCAACUGCCCGGCCGCUCCAGCCGACUGCCGACUCCGACAACCAGCCGGCUGCCGACUGCACCAACCAGCCGGCUGCCGACUGCAGCCCGAAGCGACACCGACAAGACCCCGACGUGGCGGCCAUACCACGGACAAGACAACAGUACCACGACGCCAUCAUGUACAGUGUCACUUGUCCUUGGGCACUAUUUAUGAAGUGACCCAGGAGACAAGCAUGACACCCACACUAUGCCCUCAUGUCCACUACCUUAGCUUAGGUAGUAAGCUACCCCCAGAGAGUGGAUGUCCUGCACGCAGCGGCAGCUGCACGCAGCUAUCCGGCCGCACCCGAGUUGCACGGUGAUGCGUGCAGUUUGAUUUGCAAAAGCGCUAAAGCAGUGAUACAUAGUGUAAUACAGAGAGAUACACUGCGUCGGGACCGUGCAGUGGGCUCGGUCCGUGGUACUUGUCUGGCGCGGACAAUAGACGUGCCCCGCGCGUGGUGCAGAGUGGGCCAUCGGUUCUCUGCACGGCUGGCCCCGGUCGUCUGAAGCUAUGUACGGGACUGGGCCUUGUGGUUAGUCGCAUUUGGUGCGUCUCGUACGAAUUCCUUUCCCCGUCUUGGUGGUUGGUGGGCGAAGAGCAAGGUGAGCUGCGAGAACAGCACCGGCGCCGGGGCUGCUUCCUGUUCCGGCUGUCGAUGCUCAUGCCGAACCUCGGAGUGACGACGGAGGCGGGGUUGGACUCUGGAACGAUCUCAGCGGCAACGGGUCCAGAGGCGUGCGAGCCGCCGUUCGUUUUGGGCGAGGGCGGUGACGGAUCAAGUGGUGGACUUGGCUGAUGUCCAGUCGUCCAGUGCUUCCUGCAAGAGCUUCAGUGCUGGUGGCGGAGAUGUGGCAUCCGCAAACCCUGGGUGCGCGACUCAUGCCGUCGUCUCGCACACAUCCGCCGAGUCCAGCCGCCGCAGUGCCGCGUCGGAUUCCUGCACGGCAUUCAGUUCUGGGGGCGUGUACCUGCCGUCGGCGCGAGACUGCGACAAUACGCCGACCAAGAGGUCCUCGUGCGCCAGAUGAGAGAUCUGUAGUAGUUGAUCGUGUGCCGCCGCUUGAAGCUGCAAUUAGAGGAUUCGCUGAUAGGGGGACUGAGGUGGUCGUCAACCCGGUGCUUGGCACCAUUUUUGAUUCGCUGGCAGAGGCGUACGAAUUCUACAAUCUCUAUUCCUGGGUUGACAAAUACAAGCUUCACAACAACACUUUCCUCAUACAAAUUUUCGAGGUUCGUCACAAGUGGGCGAAGCCUUAUUUUAGUGGCAAGUUAUGUGCGAAGCAAACCAGUACGCAAAGAAGCGAGAGUGCAAACCAUUUGUUGAAAGGCUACAUCCCGCCUGCAUGCCCCAUGAACCUUUUUGUGAAGCAAUAUAGCAAAUUGCAGUUCGACUGAAGCUGAAGAAGGAUUCCAAGAGAAGAGAACGAGGCUGGGCGGGGUAGUUCUCCGAUACAAUUACCCUUUGGAGGAGCAUGUAAGUAAAGUCUAUACCCGGACAAUGUACGAGAUGUUUGGCCAGGCUUUGUAUCGCUCUGGUAGGUAUGAUGUUGAGGAAGUUGAGCGGGGCAUCACCUACCACGUGCGACAUGUUGAAGCUGAGAAGCGAGAGAAGUGGUGCCGUGAAAUGCAUGUGGUCAGUGUCCAUGAUGGCUGUGCUAGGUACACAUGCGAAUGUGGGCUCUUCGAGCACAUGGGGAUGCUUUGUUGCCAUGCUAUCAAGGUUUUAAUUCAUUUGGGAGUGAGAAAAAUACCCAGAUUCCAUGUCAUGAAAAGGUGGACAGUAGAUGCCCGCGACAAUUCGCCACUUCACCUUCUCCAUUACCAAAAGGAUCAAGGGCCUCCGCGGUUAUCUUGCUACAGGCAUACAGCACUACACCUGACCGUGCUCGAGUUUGUCCAGCUUGGUGAUAGCAAUGUCAAUGCCUUUGAUAGAGCAAUGGACAUCUUGAUUGCAGGCAAGGCAGAGCUGACUGUUUUGGCGGCGGUCAAGGAUGGCAAAAGUUUGGUGGACCAAACUCAAAUUGGGGAAUCAGCCAAUCCCACUCAGAGGAUGGGCACAAGUUCUUCGCACCCAGACGACAUGUGUUCUCAGAUGUUCAUCUCCACCGAGUGUGGGCUUAGUUCAGUUUCUGGUGAAGCUGGCUCCAGUGUGUCACUGUCGACGUUGCUGCCGUCUGAUAGGAAGAAGCAGAAGGGUAGGCCAACCACAGCGAGGGACAAACCUGGAUAUGAGGUCAAGGACGCGCGAUCGAGGUUUUGUACGGUUUGUAGGGAGAAAGGGCACCCCGCAGGGGUGAUCUUCCGAAGAAACCUCGCAAAAUCCCUACCUGCGGCAAUUGCGGUGUAGCUGGCACAAAAAAACCAGUUGUUUCAACCCGGUCUUGCCGUUUGUGAAGUGGCCUCGCGACGGGCCAGUAGAGUGAUGUUCGGUUCAGCGCUUGAAGCAGGUACUCCCUCCGUUCGGAAUUACUUGUCGCGAAAAUGGAUGUAUCUAGAACUAAAAUACGUCUAGAUACAUCCAUUUCUGCGACAAGUAAUUCCAAACGGAGGGAGUAGUUGAAUCCAAAAAUCCAAUCCAGAGUAGUUCGAUUUCCUGCAUUUAUGCUUAAUUUGGGACUGUGAUCUGUUUUUCCAAUAAGCUUUGUGCCUUGCUGGAUGGCAGUUUAAUUUGAAUUCAUGCUAUUACUCUUA